AUGUCAUCGAAUGAAAUAGAAAAGGAAUAUGUUCAUGAUGCAUAUAAACACUUGGCUAGUUAUCAACAGAAUUCCAUAUCAGAUAAUCGAAAUGCAGCACUGAGAUUAUGGCCAAAUAUUAAAAAAUUCAUGGAUCAAUUAGCGCCCGGCAGUGUUGUUAUUGAUGUUGGAUGCGGAGAAGCCAAAUACUCAUCUCCAACCAGUACUGUUUUUGGUGUUGACACAUGUAAAGAUGUUCUAACUAGUACGAAACAGAGAGCUGAUGUUCAAUUAAUACUCGGCGAUGCUUUCUUCCUGCCAUUUCGAGAUGAAGCUGUAGAUUCGGUAUUACUGGUUUCCGUCUUACAUCAUGUAUCUACUGUUCAACGACGACGGACUGUCCUUACGGAUGCAAUAAGAUGUUUACGCCCUGGGGGUCAAAUGAUUGUUUGUGUUUGGGCAUAUGAACAGCCUAAUGCUCAAUUUCCGUCUCAAGAUGUGCUUGUUCCUUGGAAAUCAAACGAACAAGUCAUGAACGGACGAUUGCCAGCUGUUCGGUUUCAUAUGGAUUCAACUAAAGAACAACGAAUUAUAGAAGCUUCAAUACCUGUGACCAUACAGAAGGAAUCGUUAUGCUCGUCAAGUUGGAUAAACUCAUUAAUUGAUAAAUUUCAAUCUAUCAAUACACAUGUACCGUUUUUCUCUCGUCCACCAACAGCUCCUCCACAAGCGCCAGCUACACCCAGGAAUAGACGAGCUUCUUUACUUUCUGGACUCAGUAAAUGGAGUCCGAUGCUGAGCCGGCGCUUAACAUCCUUUCUUGUUCCUGUUCAAGAACAACUAGCUGACGAAAUGACUAAAACCAUAAUGCAGGAAGCCCUUGCGGAAGCUAUCGAAGCAACCAAAGAUGUUACCUUAUAUCGUUACUACCAUGUGUUUCGAAAAGGUGAACUGGAGGAGCUGUUCGAAUCCAUACCCGGUGUACGAAUCGUUCAAUGCAAUUACGAACAUGCAAACUGGUGCGUAGUCAUCGAAAAGGUGCAGCAAGAUUCAAUUAGGCCAUGA